AUGGAGACAGGCAGGCAAACAGGCGUGUCUGCUGAGAUGUUCGCCAUGCCCCAAGGUCUGACGGGCAGCAACAAGGAUGGGCACCCUGCGGAACUAGAUGGGCACUUGGAAGAACCCAGAGGUCAGGAAGGUGAGCUCAGCCGUCAGGAUAUCAUGGACCUCACAGAAGGUGACAAUGAAGGCUCAGCCUCAGCUCCUCCUGCAGCCAAAAGACGGAAAAGAGACACCAAAGGAAAGAAGGACAGGAAGCCCGCCGUGGAUGCGGAGGAGGCUCAGAGGAUGGCAACCCUGCUGUCUGCCAUGUCUGAGGAGCAGCUGGCCCGCUACGAAGUGUUUCGCCGGUCAGCUUUCCCAAAAGCACGCAUUGCAGGUCUGAUGCAGUCUAUCACUGGCAGAUCGGUGCCUGAGAACGUGGCCAUUGCCAUGGCUGGAAUAGCCAAGGUCUUCGUCGGAGAGGUGCUGGAGGAGGCCCUGGACGUGUGUGAGAUGUGGGGAGAAACGCCCCCACUGCAGCCCAAGCAUUUAAGGGAGGCUGUCCGCAGGUUAAAGCCCAAGGGCCUCUUCCCCAACAGCAGCUACCAAAAAAUCAUGUUCUAG